GGCGCGGCGGUUUCAAGCUCCCCCGCGGGCGCGCGGCCGGAGCCGCCGGGGCCGGGGCCGGGGCCGGGAUGGCGGCGGGGGGGGCCCGGGAGCGGGGCCGGGGCCGGGGCCGCUGACAGCCGGGGCCGCGCCGCCGCCGCAGCAUGUACGCCAAGGGCAAGGGCUCCGGCGUGCCCUCGGACGGACAGGCCCGCGAGAAGCUGGCGCUGUACGUCUAUGAGUACCUGCUGCACGUGGGGGCCCAGAAAUCAGCCCAGACCUUCCUGUCGGAGAUCCGAUGGGAGAAGAACAUCACGCUGGGAGAGCCCCCCGGCUUCCUGCACUCCUGGUGGUGUGUGUUCUGGGACCUGUACUGCGCCGCUCCCGACCGCAGGGAGACCUGUGAGCACUCCAGCGAGGCCAAAGCCUUCCACGACUACAGCGCGGCGGCGGCUCCCAGCCCGGUGAUGGGGAACCUGCCCCCCGGUGACGGCAUCCCGGGGGGGCCCAUGCCCCCCGCCUUCUUCCAGGGACCCGCGGGCUCUCAGCCUCCGCCCCACAACCCCGGGGCCCCCCUGUUGGGGCCGCACAGCCAGCCCUUCAUGUCCCCCCGGUACCCCGGCGGCCCCCGGCCCCCGCUCCGGAUGCCGAACCAGCCCCCGGUGGGUGUCCCGGGCUCGCAGCCAUUGCUGCCCAACGCCAUGGACCCAGCGGCGCGGUCGCAGGGGCAUCCCGGCAUGGGGGGCCCGAUGCAGCGCAUGAACCCCCCCCGAGGCAUGGCCGGCAUGGCCCCCCAGACCUACGGCAGCGGGAUGCGCCCCCCCCCCAGCUCGCUGGCCGGCCCUGGCAUGCCCACCAUGAACAUGGGCCCCGGUGGCCGCGGGCCGUGGCCGAACCCCAACGCCAACUCUAUCGCCUACUCCUCCUCGUCCCCCGGGAACUAUGUGGGCCCUCCCGGGGGUGGUGGUCCCCCUGGCACCCCCAUCCUGCCCAGCCCCGGAGACUCCACCAACUCCAGUGAGAACAUGUACACCAUGAUGAACCCCAUCGGGCCCGCGGGGAACCGGCCCAAUUUCCCGAUGGGGCCCGGCCCCGAGGGGCCCAUGGGGGGCAUGAGCGCGAUGGAGCCGCACCACAUGAACGGAUCCUUAGGUUCUGGGGACAUGGACGGGCUGCCAAAGAGCUCCCCCAGUAACCUGGGGGCCCUGAGCAACCCCCCCGGCACCCCCCGGGACGACGCCGACCUGAGCAGCAACUUCCUGAACCCCUUCCAAAGCGACAGCUACUCGCCCAGCAUGACGAUGAGCGUGUGAGCCCCGUGAGGCCGGACCCCCCCUCCCCGGGAAUCCUCAUCAAUACUGAUGAUCAAUAAUUAAUUAUCAAUAAUUAUGAAUCACAUUUCCCGCCCCCUCCGCCCCCACCCCGCGAGAAAACACUAAACAGAAAAUGGGGAAAAUUGAAGAAGAAUAAUUAGAAAUAAGUCAUAUGACUUAUUUACUCCCCCCCCCACACCCCUCGGCGCAGGGACCACCACCACCCCCCCCCCCGGGUGGGGGCAGGCACUGGGGAGGGGGAGGGGGGGAAGGAGGUGGUAUAAGGGUGUUUUGCCCCCUCCCCCCCCCCCCCCCGGGGGGGGUCAGCCCCCCCCAAGGGUGGGGAGGGGUUUGAGGGGGGGGUGGGUGGUGUUCUGCCCCCCCCUUUGGCCAUGCUGUAAAUGCAGGUAACUGCAAUUAGCUGAUGAGCAAUGCAGCAAUGUCCCCCCCAACACUGGGGGGGGUUAUAACCCCCUCCCAGUGCCCCCCCACUGGGCACUGCCCCCAUCCCAUGAUGGGGGGGCCCACAGCAACCCCCCAGCCCUGCCAAAGUCUGGGGGGGGGGGGGCACACCACCAGCACGGCCCCCCCAAUGCGGGUGCACCCCCCCCCAAAAGGCUUUGUUGGGGGUGGGGGGGCCCAAGCUAUACCCCCCCUCCCCAUAGAGCACCCCCCCCAUGCUCUAUAGGGCAGGCCCAGUGCAGAGAGCAGCCCCUCCCGCAGUGACCCAGCCCUUCGGGGGGGGGGGGUCCCCGGCCCCCCCCAGCCCUGUCUGUGUGCUCAGCCAGCACUGUGAUCCCCGGCCCCCCCCGAGCGCCAGACUGGGGCCCCCCCCCGGGACCACUUUAAUAUGAAGGAAUUCUCUUUUUUUGUGUGGUUUUUUUGGGUUUUUCGUUCGGAUUUUUCCUCUUUUAUAACAAAAACGACCUCAACCCCCCCCCCACGCCCCCCAACUGCCGCCGCGCCCCCGGGCCCCCUCCCCUGUACAGCCCCACGCCGGGGGGGGUCCCGUUCUGCCCCCAUAGCACCCACCAUAGGCAUAGUUGUUCUGUGUAGGGAAACGACCCCCCCAUUCCCCAUUUCUAGUCCCAUUAGAGCCCCCGUUGCUUAUCAAAACAAAACGGGGGACCCCCCCCCGAAAAAAAAAACCAACAAAAAAGAAAAUACA